UUGUCAUGUCUUUUUUCUUCUUUAAGGAAUAUUCUAGGUUCAGCACAACUGAACAACAUCUGCGGAAUCUCAAUUACCACAGAAAGUAAUUUAUCAUAUUUUAGUCUGCAACGACAACAAUGACCCAAACCCAGAUGCUGAUGAUAAAAGUAAAGUUGAAAUCCUAAAAAGCAGUUUAUUUAAUAUGAAUGUGUUUCAAAGAGAGAGAUGAGAUGUGAAUGUGCUGAGCGUGUUUUGUGUGUGUGUAUGCUCUGUUUUCAUAGGCCAUAUGUUUCUGUUUAAAACUGUUUUAAAGGGGGCGGAGAAUCAUUUGAUUGGCAUCUGUUUCCCCUCUUCUCUAUUGAGCCGCCCCUCGAGCCUUUAGCUUUUGGUUUAUUUUCCUCAUCUCAUCUUUCAGUCCUUCGUAAGCUAACCCUAUUCGUUCUCUCUUUCUUUCCCUCCUGUGCUCCAUUCCUUUAUUCAGUCGGCAUCUGUCCUGUUCACUGAGGAUAUCAGAAGCUUGCAGUACACAUUUGUAUCCUGCUGCUGGAUGGACCCCUGGCCUCUGGGCCAGUGGGAUGUGCUUGAAGUCGAAUUGCUGAAAACCUUUGGUUUUGGGACUUUAAGGCUGUGUGGACAAGGAUGUCUAAUUGUCGUACCUGAACUCUGAUUCAAACUUUUUGCUUUUAUAGACAUUAAAUCCACUUGGAUGAACCUUUGAUCGGAUACCGCGUGCUGAUUGGCUGGGGCCGUGUUUGUGUUGGUGAAUGGCGCGGCGCAGUUCAGGUAGACGCGGGCGUGGAGGCAGUUGGCUCACAGCCUGCUUUUUCCCAUCAUCCUCAGGGAAAGAGCAUGGAGAUGCUCUGGGUGCAGAGGAUUGUAGGUGUGUGUACGUGGUGGCGGCGCAUUACCGACGGCAGGAGAACACAGAGAUCAGUCUGAGGGCAGGAGAGAGAGUGGAAGUGAUAGAGAAGAGUGAGAGCGGGUGGUGGUUUGUAAGAACAGCUGAAGAACAAGGCUGGGUUCCUGCUACAUACCUUGUAUCUCUCACAGGACAUCGAGACAGCCACAAAGCAGCAAACGGAGAGCCCGAGCGCUAUGUUACAAUUCAGCCAUACAGCAGCUCCAGUCUGGAUGAGCUUGGCUUUGAGACUGGCGUCAUUGUUGAGGUCAUCCAGAGGAAUCUGGAAGGCUGGUGGUUCAUACGUUAUGGAGGAAGAGAGGGAUGGGCACCAGCUGCUUACCUGCGGAAGAUGCAAGAUGGUGUUAUGCCUGGUAACCAGGCAACAGAGUCAAAUAAACCAGCUGUGGAGGGUCAGGUGGAAAUCAUCGGCAACCUGAUGGAGAUCAGCAACCUUCUGAACAAGAAACCUGCCAGCGAGCACUACAUGCAAAACAACACAAACGCUCACCGUCACAGCAACACGUCUGUGCAUUCAAAAACUGACACCUAUACACAAUACAAUGGUGAUGCAGAGCAGAUAGAUGAGUUUAUUUACAACACACACAGCAGCUUUAACACAGUUAAGAUGAGCUGCAGUGGCUCAGUGAGAGAAUCUGGAGACCAGAUCGGCCCUAGCUGCUCUCCACACACAGACACAAAUAUGUGUCUGUCUGUCUCAGAUACGAGUGUUUGUGUGUCCGUGUCAGAUGCUAAUGUGUCUGUGAUGCGUUCAAAAGCAAGUGUGUGUUCUGCAACACCAUCCACAAUGAAGAGCAAAACUGUUCCUCCAUCUCCUGCCAUCGCUCGAGUCGCACCUCAGAGAGUCCACAGCGUAGAGACAAGAUCAGCAUCAAGCAGUCAGAAACCGCCUCCCCGUCGAGAAAAUAGCCUGGGCUUUCAGUUACCGCAGCCUCCAGAUCCCCCUAGUGUUGAAGCCGAGUAUUACACCAUCGCAGAGUUCCAUUCCUGCCUGGCAGAUGGGAUCAGUUUCAACGGAGGACAGAAAGCUGAUGUCAUUGAGAAGAACUCUGGAGGUUGGUGGUUUGUCCAAAUUGGAGAAAAGGAGGGCUGGGCCCCGUGCUCAUACAUCGACAAACGCAAGAAGCCUAGCUUGAACCGUCAAACCAGCACGCUGACCCGUCCCAAAGUCCCACCUCCUGCACCACCAAUCAAAAAGCAGAACUCUCUUCCAUGCGGGGAGUCAGAGGUCAUGUCAGCGGCAAGUCUACGGGUCUAUGAGGAACCUGAAUACGACGUUCCAACAGUGGGCCUGGAAUUUGACCCCGAGCUGGAGUUUUUCCCAGGGGAACCUCCAACGAAAGCCCCACCUCCUCUGGUUCUACGUAAUGUUUCCUUUACGUUGGGGGAAGGUGACCAGGAGGAAGAUGAGGGUGUUUAUGCGAAUGGUGGAUUCAGACCUGCACCACCCUGUCAGGAGAACAACCACUCACCAUCCCUUCGGGAAUCCAUGUGGGAUCCACCUGAAUAUGAUGCCCCUACUAUCGAGCCCAGCAUCGAACGCAACGCCACGCUCUAUGCACACUCUAAAUUCAAACAGCAAGCCGAUGAGUCCAAAUCUAAACCGUCUGUCCGUCCAAAACCUGCAAACCCAGAAUUUAGCUCUCUUAGAAGGCACAAGUCUGCAAACCAGGAGCAACAAGGACAAAUACAAUGCAGGACGUCCCGCACAUCCGAGGAAUCUGAGACUGGCUCCGCCGUGUCGUCGGAUGACUCCUUUGACUUCUGUUCUUCUGAUCCAUCCAAUCACAGUUCCACCCGUCUGUUCCGCACGACUGCAGCGUACCAGCAAGAGGAGCCGAGUGAGAUCAGCUUUCCCGCAGGAGUCCAGGUGGAGGUCCUAGAGAAGCAGGAGAGCGGUUGGUGGUUUAUUCGCUUGGGGAACGAAGAGGGCUGGGCACCCACGUACUACCUACAGCCAAUCAUGACCUCUUACACAGAAGCCAAUAACACAGAGUCUCUGUGUGGGGCUCCCGCUUCCGAGAUGGAGAUUACAGUGCAGCUAGAUGUCGGAAAUGCGGGUAGACGCGUAAGUCUGGAGAAGAAUGAGCAACGUGUUAAUCAAAGCUUGAAAGGCAGCCACAGAUCGAACGAGCAGAACUGCCGCGUCGGGGUUAAGCAGCUCGCGGUUAGACCUCAAAAUGUCCUCGCUGCAACCCACACCAAAGACAACACAAAGAGCUCUUCCAUUAACACACACACUUCACCUGUGGGACGAAGAAACGAUGCUCCGCCCCACCACGCCUCGCAUUACAAUGACCAAUCUACCUCUGCAGGUAAAAUGGAAAGCAUGAGGCGAAAGGUGCCGGUUUCCAUGGUGAAGCCUAAACCCCAUCUCAUUCACAACAAUCUGCGGGAGGAGUAUGUGACGAUCGCCGAUUACAGAGGUGAUUCAGAGACAAUGAGCUUCCCUGCCGGUACUAGACUGGAGGUGUUGGAGAGAAAUACCAACGGCUGGUGGUACUGUCGCAUGCUUGACUCAACGAAGACACGCAAGGGAUGGGUACCUUCCAACUUCCUUGAGAGACGGAGCUAGUGGAACUUCAGCAUUAGUGUUAAAUUCAGUACCCAACCAUUUUUAGACAAUAGACAUUUUGGAUGGUACAAUAUGCCUAAUAGCUAAAAUCACCAACCGAGAUAAUAAUUGGCUUCAGAAAACUGCAUGAUAAUGUCCUGUUAAUCUUAUAAUGGGACCUUCUAAACAAAUUAACAUAAAUACAUGUACUCUUAAGAGAUGGUCACACUAAGCAUGCAACAUUUAUAUGGUUACCUUUUGAAUAUUUGCAACCAGACAUAUCACACCUCGAGGGUUUUCUCAUCUAUGAGUUUUUUCAUGGAUUCUAAUGUGCUUGCGUUGUUACUUUUUUGACAAAAAAAGUAAUUUUUUUAUAAUCUGUUAUGAAUGUCGACGUAUUGAUCCUCUAUAAAUUUGCUUGUCACAUUUCAUCAAACUUGAACUAUGGAAGGCCGAACUACUUCACAUGAGCUUGCCUGUCUUGUCUCCAGCAUUCACAUGCAUUUGGAUGGAAAUCAGUAGAAUUAAAAGUUUUGAAUCAAAAAAGUUCACCAUGGAAAAAUGUUACUUUUGAAAAAAUGUGUCCUUGUGAGAAGGUUAGUCUCAUUAUUCUAAACCCAGCCUAACCCUUUACAUCAACCAUAACCCAAAACAUAAAGGGGUUCUCUUGGUAAUAAAUCACAUUAAACAAGGCCCUUUUCAUUAUGGAUCACAAAAUCAAACAUGUUAUGAAACCAAAAUAUGAGUCAUUUCUGGACUUCAGCACUUAACAGUCUUCACAAUCACAAUCAGGUGUGCAGAAGUGGCACAGAAAUUGAACACUGUACCUUUAAAUCUAAAGUAAAGUUGGUUGCUGAUUGACAUCAUGUAUACUCAGAAUGCUUGUGCUGGAUGAUGUGAUGUUAUUUUCACUGAACAGGCUUUUAGUUAUUGCUUUUAGCCGCAGAAAGCACUUUCAAGUCAAUGUCUAUCUAUAUAUCUAUCUGUGAAUGUUACUUAGUUUGUAUACUCAAACAUGGUGCUAUUGCUUUAUUAAAUCAUUUCAUUUUUUAAAUAAAGACUUGUAUGUUUGUUCGCAGCAUUGCCGCUUUAUCACAAUCGCAAGAAAGUAUGUGUUCUUGU